GCUCCUUGUGCAUAUACACCCAAACCCAAUCUCCAGGAAAGGAUUUAAUUGGAAGAAAUCCUACUUUUUAGAAGUAAAUUGAAGAGAUCAGAGACUUGAGGAUCAACUUGUGCAGAAUCCAGAAUUUAGGAACCAAAUCUGCUAUUUUACCAUUGAAGAAAUUGCAAAAGGAAACCAGAAACCCGACACGGGUGUAGUGUCGACACGUAACCGAGGUGUUGACACCAUGCGUUAAACGUCCAGAAUCAGAUUCUAUUUCCUAUUUUGUGUCAACACGUCUAACUAUGAAUCGAGUUGCCAUAGGUACUUAUAUGAGUUAUCAUUGGCUUGCGCCAGAGAUAAGAGCACAAGUUGAAGCAAUAACUAUCAAUUGGGAUGCAGAACUUGACAAUGAUGAACUUGAACGAAUUCAAGCAGCCAUUAAAAGGAUCAAAUUAAGGAAGGCUCGAAUAGAACGAUCAAAUAUCACUUGUGAAUGGUGUGGAUUAGACCAUUUUAGUUCUGAUUGCUUAUUUAAACGAUAUAACAAGUGUGUUGAUUUUUCUUGUGAGUUUUAUAGUCAGCAGUAUAAUUCUUAUCCCAAUACAUGCCAUUUUGAUCCAAACAUCUCAUGGAAUAAUGAAGAUAUAUUGGAGCCACAAUCAUGGUUUCAAGCUCCAGAAGAGGAGACAUGUUUGAAUAAAAAUCUGGAGAUCCAAUCAAGUCAUUUGCUCAACUUAGUUGCUGAAGAGAUACAAGGUGAGUUACCUAGUGCAACAAUGAAAAAUCAAGAAGAAGAGGUAAACACUUUACUCUUGGAGAUUGAAGGACAACUUGACGAAGUGGAAAACAUGCCUGCAGAAGCUAAACAAGAGGAUGUCCCUAAGGAGGAAGAGGAAAAAGCUUAAGUGUCAUUUGAAGUGCUCAAUGGGGAGUCUCCUUUAACCAAAUCUGAUUUUAAUGAUUAUUUUAUUAUUGAUAUGGUUAAUGAGAUUUUGCAGAAAAACACUUAUGAGGAUCCAUUUGAGAUUUACCUUAUUCAAGUAAAAGACUCAAUCAAAGAAUACAUAAAUUGCUUGAAC